CUGUCAUGGAUCCACAUGUCAGGUUCGGGAAGGUUAGAAAUUUAGAAAAUAAAAAACAAAUACAUUUCGAAUGUAUUUUUAUUUUCGAAUAAUACAAAAAAAUAAAGUCCAGAUUAAGUUAAAAUUGUCUUAUGAAUCAAUAAGAACUAUUUUUGUAGGUAAUUAUUUACAAAAUAUGACAAACACAAGUGAGACAACUGAAUUUCAAGAAAUUUCUGAAGGUUUGGCGAAUAUUCGCACUGGGGGGAAAGUAUUUUACAAUCCUGUCCAAGAAUUCAACAGAGAUGUAAGUAUUUCAGUAAUAAGUGCCUUUGCAAGACGCUUUCGUAAAGAAAAUGAAGAACUUAGAGUCAAAAAGGAGAAGAAUGAAGUAAGAGACACUCAGCUGGAACCUUGGCUAGCUGGUACGAGGUAUGAAGAUGGUAUUAAUAUACUAGAAGCCCUCUCUGCCACUGGACUAAGAUCUAUAAGAUAUGCCAAAGAAAUUCCAGGUGUAAAACAAAUAGUAGCUAACGAUUUUUCUUUACAAGCUGUAGAUGAUAUCAAAAAUAAUGUAAUACUGAAUAAUGUUGAACAUUUGGUAAAACCAAAUCAUGACGACGCUGUGGCAUUAAUGUAUCAACACAAGAAACAAAACCAGUUUGAUGUCAUUGACUUAGACCCUUAUGGAUGCCCUUCAAUGUUUCUAGAUUCAGCAGUACAAGCAAUUAAAGAUGGAGGUUUGUUACUGGUAACUGCUACAGAUAUGGCUGUGCUGGCAGGAAAUAGCCCAGAGACUUGUUAUACGAAAUAUGGUGCAAUUUCUAUUAGGAGCAGGUAUUGUCAUGAAAUGGCUUUAAGAAUAUUGUUGCAGUCUAUUGAAUCACAUGCUACUAGAUAUGGGAGAUAUAUUGUACCCCUGAUGUCACUAUCAGCUGAUUUCUACAUUCGGGUAUUUGUGAGAGUAUAUUCAGGAGCUCACAAAUGUAAAUUUUCAACCAGUAAAUUAUCUCAUGUUUAUCAUUGUACAGGAUGUGAUAGUUUUACUCUUCAACCACUAGGUAUAACAAAGACUGGCGAAAAGGGAAAUGUGAAGUUUAAAAUUCCAACAGGUCCUCCAGUUUUGCCAAACUGUGAACAUUGUGGAAAUACGCAUCAUAUUGGUGGUCCUAUUUGGUCCGCCCCUUUACACUCUUCAGAGUUUGUGAAAGAGGUCCUAGACAUUGCUUCAGAAAAAUUAGGUACCAUACGUCGAAUUCAUGGUGUUUUGAAUGUUAUAUCUGAAGAAUUAUUAGAUGUACCUUUGUAUUACACAUUUGAGAAACUUUGUAGUACUAUACACGUGGAACAACCACCAAUGAUGGUGAUAAGAUCUGCCAUUCUUAAUGCUGGUUAUAGAGUAUCAUUUACCCAUAUGAAUAAAACUUCUAUAAAAACAGAUGCGCCUACCAAGGUUGUAUGGGACAUAAUGAGAUGUUGGGAACAACUCCACCCUGCUGCCAAAAAGAGACUCACAGAAGAUACUCCUGCUUUCCGUAUAUUAUCUCAAAAGCCAGAGAAAGAAUAUUCUUUUAAAUUGCAUCCAGAUGCGAAUCCUGCAUCUAAAAAGAUGGGACUAGUUCGGUUUCAAGAAAACCCAACGGCGCAUUGGGGUCCCGGAUGUAGGAACACAGCCAUGGUUGGUGACCAGAAGAUUCAAAAAAGCAAAAGGAAUCAAGGAAAACGAAAAAGAGAAGACUCCCCAACUGAAGAAAAAACUGAGGGUGUUUCGGAGAAAUAGGAUA